AAAUGGCCAUAUAUGGCUAUUGUCCCCGUUGGGAAGACUUCUACCUGGUGGUUUGUGACGUGUGUGGACGUGCGGUGAAACCACAAGCCCUUAAACAGCACAUAGAAUUGCGACAUGGGGGGUUGUCCAACCCUGUUAAAUCUUCUGGAGGAACCAAAUCAUCAGUGUCAUCAGGCAGCAAAUCAUCCAAGACCAGAAAUCGAGCACAUACCAUUAAUCCUGUAGUAAAGCUGGAGGGAAGAAUCGACAGUAGCGAGUCCUUGGUGGGGGACCGUACAUCACAAGUGGCUGGAGAGUCUGGCAUCAACAGCAGCAGUAUAAACAGUGGCAGGACGGGGGUGUUGCCCGACUCCCCCGUGUGCGAGUUACUGCCAUCCCCAAGUGGCCUGGCGCUGUCUCAGCUAAAGACAGAGGUCAAGACAGAAGAAAGCCUGGAUAGUGGGCCCACCUUGGUACCGCCUCCACAGCCCCUCCCAACGUCCCUGCCCCCACCGGCCCCUCCGGAGCCGCAGCAUCCAAUGCCACACCCCAUUUCACACGCUGGCCCUCCACCCAGUGUGGGGCCCCCCAGCAUAGGACCACCCAGUGUGGGACCCCCAAGUGUGGGUCCUCCCUCUGUUGGUCCUCCCAGUGUGGGUCCUCCCAGUGUGGGUCCACCAAGUGUUUCCUGCCCCAGUGCUACACACCCAAGCCUCACCACGUACAGUGUGCCCCCAGUCACCAUGGCGGGUUCAGCCCUGGCAGGGGUGCACAUAGCCAGCCAGAGUGUGUCAAGUGUUGAAGAGGAAGUCAACAAGAUCUCCGCCAUGCUGCAGGCUGAGGCAGAGGCAUUAACGGCCUCUCAGAACCUCAUCGCCAGCUCCAACAUGGACAUGGGCACAGGCAUCGUAGGGACUCAUGACAUUGUAGAAGCGCAGGGCUUGGCGGGUGGCAGUGUGACCAGCAAUGGCAGCUCCCUGAGUGCAGGGCCUGGUGGAAUGAUCUCCAACUCGCAGGCCAUGGGCUCGGUGCCGGUGCCGAUGAGCCAUAUGUCCAUGGCCACCCUGAACCAGAUUCAGGCCGACCUGCUGGCCACUGUCAGUGAGUCGGACCUCAAUGCCGUGCUCAACGCCACUCCUGAUUCCUCAGACCUGGCUCAGACCGUUCUUCCCAAUAAUUCUCAGUGCUACUUAAAUGAAAGCGGUAAUAUUACCUAUUUGGACCAACAGACUGUAAAUACGGACAAUUAUGUUGAACCUCCACAUUUAAGUAAUCAGAAUGUGUUACCACAACAGUACAAUAAUGAACAGUUAUCAAUGCCCGUUCUAGAGCAAAUCACAAAAGAGGUUUUGUUGGAAGCCGAUCCCUCGACUCACAACUUUCAGGCUGUGUCGAGUGGAGUGCAGGGACAGUACACCAACACUACUCAGUCUGAUCUUAUUGAAGUACCUGUAGACUCAUUUAGUUUUGAUGAGAUUGAGAAAAUAUCGUCACAGUGUGAUGAGCUAACGAAAGCAGUGAAUUCUAUAAGUCAGUUGUGUCAGCAGGGAGGUAACAGUGGGCUGGAGUCGCAGUUGGCAGGUUUACUGCAGCAGCCAAGCUCCACCCCUGCCCCAUCCCCCUCCCCCGGCGCGACGGGCAUCCCGGUAGGUAACUCCAUCAGUGCUGCGCCUACCCUUGGGACAACGGCGACCAGCCAGGGCAUCACAGUGGUCAUUGGGGCUGGUGCGCAACCGUCUGUUACGACUGUGACGACGCAACCCUCUCUCUCUAUGCCUACCCUGGCUGCCACCCUAAAGAAACCUGUGGUGUCAACAGCGGGGGGACAGCACUUGGUGUCCCCAGGGCCCGCCACCUCCACACACACCCCAUCCCACACACCCACUCACACACCUUCUCAUACCCCCACACACACACCCACACAGCACACCACAACCAGCAGCAACACAACCCUCACGCCGGUGCCCCCCACGCCCUCGCCCAAAAAAUCCAACAAAAAGAAGAAGCCGGGCGAGAGGAAGCUACUGCCACUCAAGGACCGCGAGUACGACCCAGAGGUGCACUGCGGGGUGGUGGUAGCUGAGACAGGCAAGCCCUGCACGCGCUCCCUUACCUGCAAGACGCACUCGCUAUCUCUGCGCCGUGCUGUGCCCGGGAGGUCCAAAAAGUUUGAUGACCUACUCCUGGAGCACCGAGCGGCCAAAGAGGCACAGACCCGGGCUGCCAAACCGCCCGACGCAGCAGCAGGCCAGAUUCAGGGCACCCCUCCCCGCGGGCCGGCCAUGGCCACCACCAGCAGUGGAGGGAUGGUGGUGGGGGGAGCUGCGGCUACCUCCCCCCUCCUUGUAAAAACCCUGGGGGGCACCGCACCCACCCUCGUGGCAGCGGGCGACCCCUCUCCCAACCCCACCUUACACCAUCCCAUGGAUCCUCCCAGCACCCCGUCGCACAUCCAUGCCACGCCCCCCUCUCCUGCAUACUGGCCGCCCACUCCCAGGAUUGCUCCGGCUCUCGUACCUGCUGAUAAUUUUUAUGUCCGUGAGCCUCCCAAACCUCUCGCUACGUGUUCAUAUAACUGCAGAAGAUUGGGUGGCCACCUGGCAACAGACCACCGUGCUGACCUGUUGCGCAGUGCAUUCCGAAAUGCCCUGAAAAAGCCACACCCAGCCUCUGUUCUCAGUGACUCUAGCAUUAGCAAUACUUCAAACAUUGCUGGUACACCAGAUAGAUUCGUCAACGUGAAGCCGCUGCUGGCCAAGAAGCUGCAGUUGACGGUGCCGUCAGGCUCAGCCAGUAAGGAUGGCAUCAGUGUGAGCACGGGAUACAAUGGCCACAUCCAUGUUGGCAACAGCAUGGGCAUCGUGAACAGCAGUGCGCUGGCGGCCACGCUUAAGCGGCCCACACAGCCAGACGCCCUAAAAAAUAAUGCUACUCCUAUCACGAGUGCCAAAAAUAAAAAUAAAAAGGUAAAGACAAACGAUGGUGCUAUCAAUAUUGUGGGGAACGUGCUGCAACUGGACACUGGUGGGAGCAAGAACCACAUUCCUGUUGUUGUCAGCUUGCAAAAUGGCUUGUCCAACACUCAAACUAUAACCUUAAGUAAUGUGGCCAUCGCAGGGGUCAGAAACUCGACCACGCAACCUAUCCGUAUCAACCCCUCCACAACCACCACGCUGGUGAGAGACGCACAGGUGACGGACGCACGGCCGGGCAGCAGUGAUAGCACCAACAUUGUCUUGCCCAGUGGUAUUGUGAUAUCGGACGCAUUAGCAAAGUCGUUCAAAAGUGACAGUGCGGGCAGCAUUCGGUUAGAACUUCACAGCAAUACCUUUGGCGAUGCCUCCAGAUUGGUCACAAAUACUGCCAAAGUGAGUGGCAGUGGCAUAACAAACACAGUUGGUUCCGGUGGUGCUGUUGGUGGCGUUGGUGGUGGUGGGAGCAGUACUGUUGGUGGCGGUGUAGCGCCUGGCAGCACAGCCGGUCUGGCACCAGGUCAGGUUACCUACUUGACUUCUGCAGUGCCUGGUGGAGGAGGAACCCCGGGCUUGACCCUACGACAAGUACAUCAGGUCCUGAACCAGCUACAGGUGCAAGGCAAGACAGGAGGGGGCACGGUGGGAGGGGGAGGUGGUGGCUUGUCCCUGAAGCUGCUGGGUUCGGGGCAGGCGGGGGUGGCGGGGGCCAGAUCAACCUUUGUGCUGCAGCAGGAGAAGGAGCCCUCCUGACCUCCUGGGGCAGGGGGUCAACCCUCUUCAACCCUGCCCAUAAACCUCUCGUCAGGGGGAACGGAAGGCUUUCAGGGGGCUUCCGCCACCACAGCACCUGCCCCGCCCUUGCCUCAGGUGGCCACUGUGGCCUUGCCCUUCUGGAGCAACCGGCCCGUCUGCCACAACAAUAACAACAACAACAACACGAACAACAACAACUAUGUGAAGGUGCGACCGGCAGGUGUGUGGCCCCCAAGCAGCGGCGGCUCUGUGCGUGUGUCACAGGUCGAGCCCCCAGCUGAGCCCACCUUGGCCCUGGGCGGUGGGGGCGGGGGCCCCAGCAUGGCCAUGGCCGGCACCCUCACGGACCUCGGGGACGUGAUGCCCCCACCCCCCGUGGCCACGUCCAACGCUCAGGUUUUGGUAGCCAAUGAGGCCCCACUCUUGGCCCAAGACAGACCCUUGUACAACAGCGGCACAAAGAGCCCAUCCCUGUUAUGUGUAGUCCUGGACGACUGAGGGGCCACGUUUUGGUUGUUCUGUAAUGUUAAUUACAUCAUUUGUUAUAGAUAGGCAAGUGUUGCUCCAGCGUGCAGUGAUAUUGUGAGACAAUAUCUGUUCUUGUGUGAUAUGUAGCUCUUCACUAGUGAGCACUAGUGAGCCAUGACAAACAGACAAACAAACAAAAAAAUAACAAAAAAACCAAGACGAGCAGAGGCAAUAGUGCAGUUACAUAGCAGGCCCUCCUAUACGCUUAACCUUUGUCUCUUGUGUGAUACAAGUGCAUGCUGAAGAGACUUUUUUGUAUUUAUCUGUGAUGUUUUUGUACGCUGGUGAGCCUUGGCAGCCGGGCUGGGCUGGGAGGGGCGGGGCGGUGGGGAUGUUGACGCGCGGCAGGGCGAGAGUGGGAGAGCCGGCCGUCACCGCGCAGCUGCAGCUCAGGCGUUGGUGGUGCUCGCCCCAACACUCUUUCGUGAAGUUUGCACUUGGAAAAAAAAAGUUUUUUUAAUUUUUUUUUUUCAAGUACUUGUGAUUUCUGUCUUUUUUUUUUUAUAUAUAUAUCUCAAAGCCACCCGAUGUAAUAUAAUAUUCUAGUCUUUGUUGAUACUUGUUUACACUCUCUCUCUCUUUGUAUUAAUGUUCCCUUUCCUCUUUGUUUUUAUUUUUUAUUUCUCAUUUUUUCCAUACACACUGCCAUCCUCGCCAUCCAGUGUUUCCUACUUAAAUACUUGUUAUAAAGUGUUGAUGGUGGUCUGCACACAAACAUUCCCUUCUUAGGCAGUGCUGCGCCACUUCUGUCUCACCACAAACCCUCUGUAAUUUUGUAAUAUUAUUUCCCUUCCUCCUCCUCCCUCUCCCCUAU